GUUUUCUAACUGAAGGAUUAGCAGAGUGCCUCCAUUUAAAAUUUAUGGAGAUUGAGUCAGCCUUUCAAGAGAACCAACUCCAGAUGCUUAAGUUAAAUGAUAACUUCAUUAAGUUACAGGAGCUUCUUGGCGAUGAGUGUGAUUUUGAGACACUAGAGAUUGAUUCCAUAUUUGAAUUCACUACGAGUGUUCUGGAAGAUAUUAAUAAUAAGAUGCUUAUACAGAGAUCACAAAAUCAACGAUUCGAGAAAGAAGUUCUUGGCCCUGAUAGUAAUCAAGAUCUUGAAGGGAUCGCAAAUACUGAUAUUUCAGCAGCUCUGAGGCACUCUUCGCCUACCAAAAUUGAUGAUAUUAGAGAGAACUAUGAUACCUCAGACUUUAAAUCAAAUAACAUAACCACAGAAAAUGAAGGAACUUAUGAGAUUAUUAAUGCUAAAUAAAUAUCAGAAAGAAAUGCAAUUUAACCAAUUUGAUUCUAUAAAAGAUAACCAUACUAUUUCAAGAAGUGCAAACUCCCCUGUGAAGAAUCAAGAUUACAAAAGUUUGCCGUCAAGAUCAAUGCAGAAGAAGAAAGAUGAUAAAGAGAAGAUGAAAACCAAGAACCCAAGAGAGAAUAGAAAUAAAAUUCCAAAACAUCCAACUCAAACAUCAAACAAGAGGAAGUCAACUUCAAAAAUACCUGGGGUAAAGCCGAACUCAGUCUCAAGAUCCAACAAUAUUUCUAGAAAAGAGGAACCAAAGAAACAUAAAGGGAAAACUCCCAGCUUUGGAAAUUCCAAUUCCCCUCUUUUCCUAGACAAUGAGCAAGUUGAAGAGGAAAGAAAUGCAAUUCCAGAACCUACCACCCAAUCUAUAAAAACUGAAGAAGCAAAACUUGAUCGUAAAAGACUAACUCCAAAAAGUACUACUCCUGACAUAACAGAAAAAUUUAAAGCCCCUGUGCUUAGCAACAGAGAAAUGAGGAAAUCUGGAUCUAAAAAGCCCUUACGUCCUCUUCAUCGGAACCGUAAUCCUUCUCGCCCCUCUCCUCACAACAAAAAGUCUCCCCAUGCUACUCCAAAGAACACAAAGACUGACUCUCAAACUCCUAAAGAGCACUCCCUUCGUUCAAAUCCCCAAAAGCCUUAUAGGGCUCCACCACCGAAUGUUGGAAGGCGCCAGCAGUCAGUUGGUAUGAAGGCAGUUCCGAGGACUCCUACUGGCAAACAGAAGAAUAAGACUACUCGUAUUGAUGAUAAAAGAACUCCCAGCAGAUCGCCGAGAGGGAUGAGCCCUCAAAUGAGAUUUAUGAGCCCAACCCAAAGCUCAAAGCAUAAAAGAAGUAAUCAGAAAAAUCCAAAUAAAGACAAGCCAAAGAAAUUAUAUACUGUGGACGACUUGAACAAAGGUUUUCCUCAUAGAAAAACGGAAGAGAUCAAGAAAUUUGAUAUUGACCAGAUAGAUCAAGAAAAAGAUAUUGUAUCCUAUACAGAUCAUAUUUCUGAUAUACCAAAUGCAGAGAAGAUACCUUCACAUCAUCUUGAGGAGGACUAUGCUGGAGCAAUGGAGUUUAAGAGUACAAAAACUCAUAGCUUAAAGGGAUCUUUCAAAAAUGUACAGCAUCCAGACGACUCUCAUGAGAAAUCUCUAAAGGGUCAUGCUAAUACACCUGCUUUCCAAGAUCCCGCAUCGAAGCUUUCAACUAUUGAGAAAUGAGAACAGAUUGGUCAAGUAAAUGACAGCGACACCAAAAGAGAUUUUGGAGAGAAAAUGCACCUUAACAUUUCUGGAAAUAGUUCUCCAAAGAAGAGCAUUCAAAAGACCAAGGUUAAUAAGAAGCCAAAAGAUAAGAUGAAUCGAGUUAGUAAAGAAAUAGAAAUAAAGCAAGGGAAACAGAUAAAGCCUUUGGUAUCACCUGAUAUGUCAGGUCACCAAAUCCUCACUCCAGACUCAAAUAAAUCAAGAGACGAAUCUGCUAUUAAAGAAGAUAGUUCCAAAGGACAUCAUGAGAUUGUCUCAUUGCUUAGUCAUCCAAAUAUGUUAUUCAAUGAUGCAAGCUCUAUUAAAUACAGUGUUGAUAACCAAAAUAUGUCCAACUUCUCUCUUCCAUCUCUGGCAGGAGAUGGUGUCAAACCAGGGUUUGACACUCUAGAUGGGAUGUGCUAUGACUUAAUCUGAGCAUUCGUCGGAGAAAGACUUCCAACAUUUAUAUUUGUCAAUAAGAAGGUCUGAACAACCUUUUUAGAUUUCCAGCUUGAAAUCAAUGAAGAGGUUCUUAAUGCUCUAAACGAAAGAGCAGAGAUGUCUGCUUCCUAUUCAUUACAAAACUUGUCACAAGCUGAGGUAAAAUCUACAAGAGGGUCAACAUCUAAGAUCCAGAAGAAAAAGACAAUCUUCUCUCUGACAGAUGCAUGUCAUGAAAGAUUCUGCGAAUCUAUUCAGACAGAUAUUGGUCCUCUGAUGGAAACUCUAUCAAAUUAUGCUCUGAAAAAGAAGGACAUUGUGAUUAUGAAAAUGUACUUUAGCUUUAUGGCAAAGAAAUAUAGCAGUAGGCACGACAACUUGUUUAUGAGACAGACCCACAGAUUCCUUUAUGAGAACAGAGACGAUAUUGAAGAUGCACUAGACCCUAUCCUUCAUUUCAAAUUUUCAGAAGAUGUUAUCUCUCAAGUAAAAGGCUUACUUGGAGAAUUCCUAGAUGAUAGCUUUGUUGAUUCAGAAAUUUCAGAUCUUCCUCUCUUUGAUUCUUUUACAGCAAUAAUCAUUGAAGCAUUGCAGUAUUGAGAUUUAAUUCCUGCAAUUGAAGAGAACGAAGAUGUUAGAGAGACUAGACAACAGAUUGAGCUGAUUCAGAAGAUGAAAGAUCACCUAAGCAAGCUUAAGAGCAUUAUCCAAUAGUUAAUUUCAAUGUUUGUAGCUCGAAAU